AUGCAAUCAUUCCUGCUGCUCGCCGCGCUUCCGUUCGCCUUAUGCACCCCGCUCCAGCCGCGACAAGACAGCUCGACCUCUUCCGCAGCUCAACCAACUCCCACAGUACCCUAUGCCUCCGACGACCCGAAUGACAGCUUCUGGAACCAGUUCAACCAGCCUGGGGCUGUGCCCCAACCCGAGAGGGGCAACACAGGGGGUGACAUUCUUGCACAAGAUAACGUACCGCUCGAUAUUGAGAAUCCGGAUACGCUUGCACCGCCCAGCACGGAUGAGGGGGACAUUCCUAACUCUAAGUGGCCGUUCUCGUUGUCCCACAACCGGCUUCAGGAUGGUGGCUGGGCUAGGCAACAGAACGUGAACAGUAUGCCUAUCGCGACGGCGCUUGCGGGUGUGGAUAUGCGGUUAAAGGCGGGAGCAUAUCGCGAGCUACACUGGCAUACAGCUUCAGAGUGGUCCUACGUUCUUGCUGGAAGCUGUCGCAUCACAGCAGUUGAUCAACUAGGAAGGAACUACAUUGCCGAUAUUUACCAAGGAGAUCUCUGGUACUUUCCCCCUGGUAUUCCCCAUUCGAUUCAAGGUCUGAACGACACAGCCGAUGGAUGUGAAUUCCUUCUCGUAUUCGACAACGGCGAGUUCAGCGAAGACGAUACCUUCCUCCUUACCGACUGGCUCGCCCAUGUGCCCAAAGAGGUGCUCGCCAAGAACUUCCAACUCGAUAUCAGCCUCUUCGACCACAUACCUGGAGAGGAGCUAUACAUUUUCCCUGGGGUCGUGCCUCCUCCCAUUGAUCAGGAUGCGGUGGAAGAUCCGAAUGGCCAAGUACCAGAACCAUUCUCGUAUGCAUUUUCCCAGAUACAGCCGACCGCAUAUCAAGGCGGAUCGGUUAAGAUCGCGGACUCUAGGACUUUCAAUAUCUCAACGACGAUCAUCGCUGCUGAGGUUACCGUCAACCCUGGGGCAAUGAGGGAACUGCAUUGGCAUCCAACAGAACCAGAAUGGACGUACUUCCUAGAGGGCAACGCCCGUUUGACGUCUUUCGCUGCCUCCGCCACCGCGAGAACGUUCAACUACCAGGCGGGUGAUAUUGCCUACGUGCCUCCAGCGUACGGGCACUACAUCGAGAACAUCGGUGACACCACCGUGAAGUAUCUCGAGAUCUUCAAUGCUGCUAUCUAUCAAGAUAUCAGUCUUACACAAUGGAUUUCCCUCACCCCACCGGAGAUGGUCCAAGCACACCUGCAGCUGCCACUCGAUGUCAUCCAAUCCUUUAACAAGUCCAAGGCGACGGUCGUGUACUAG